GGGAAGCCGGGCCCGCCCGGCCUGCCGGGGCCCGGGGGCAGCGGGGCCAUCAGCACGGCCACCUACACCACGGUGCCGCGCGUGGCUUUCUACGCGGGGCUCAAGAACCCGCACGAGGGCUACGAGAUCCUCAAGUUCGACGACGUGGUCACCAACCUGGGCAACCACUACGACGCGGCCACGGGCAAGUUCACCUGCAACAUCCCCGGCACCUACUUCUUCACCUACCACGUCCUCAUGCGCGGCGGCGACGGCACCAGCAUGUGGGCCGAUCUCUGCAAGAACGGGCAGGUGCGGGCCAGCGCCAUUGCCCAGGAUGCUGACCAGAACUAUGACUAUGCCAGCAACAGUGUCAUCCUGCACCUGGAUGCCGGUGAUGAGGUCUUCAUCAAACUGGAUGGGGGCAAAGCUCAUGGGGGCAACAACAAUAAAUACAGCACCUUCUCGGGCUUUAUCAUCUACUCGGACUGAGAGCAGCGCCACACACACAAGCCUUGCCUCACUCACCUCGGCUCUGCCCACACCACAAGGACUGUGAAGGACCCUGGCAUGGGGCCCCUGCCCUGGAGAGAUCUAGGGAAGGAUCCCAGGCCACUGGCAAGGGGUGUAAUCUCACCCUUCCCCUCCUAGCCCCGGCACCCACCUGCUUGUCUCCCCCGCAUCCCAUGCAAGCACAGAGUCCAUGCUUGCACUCAUUCAGGGGGAGGAGGGUGAUAAGAAAAGGCUGAGAGGGCUGAGCCAGGGCAGAACUGGGGGUGUGGUCCCUGCAGUACCCCCUCCUACUGCCCAAAGUGAAACCCUGCCCUGUAACUUGGCUGUGAAACCUGCCUAGCACUAGGAUGGUCCCCUGGCACCCCUCUGCCACUGAGUACCUGUGCUUUCCAGUUCUCCCACUCCAUACCAUUGAGAUCUCAUCCCCAGCUCAGUGCACUCUUUUCUCCUGCUUGAUACCAGUGGGUUCCUCUGCCUCAUCUGUGCCAAUCCCCUCCCUUCCCCUAUUCAGUGCACAUGGCUUGACCCUCCUUGCGCUGCCUGGCUCCUCUCCUGGGUGAAUGGGUAUCCACCUUUGCUUCCUGGUAACAUCAGCUUGCUCUGCUAUGUGUGAUCCCAGCUGAGCCCCAUGCCAGGCACUGAGAGCCUGCUUGGCUCCUAGCUCAGAGGGAAGGCAGGCACAGCAGCUGGCAGGAGCUACAGCAGGGUCAGGAUGUCUUCAAAAGCCUGCAGGCCCUUGCGUCUCCUUAGUUUGGUUGCUGGGUCCAGGCCACCCUUUUCCCUGUCCUGACUAGCAGGGGGAGUACAGGAGCCCCUGGCCUUGCAUGUACAUAUGUACAGGAUGUGUGUAUAUUUAUACAGAUGCCUCUUCUGGGGAGUGCUGUGUGGCAAUGGGACCCCCCCCCCCCCCCCCCAAAGCACAAAGUGGCACCUGUUUGCGCUCUGCCCUCCUG